GGUGCUUCUCGACCUAGCGCCGUUUCUGCGUGUGCGCACGCGCCGCCGGAGCCGCCGCCAUCCCCCGUCGCCUCCGCGCACUCCGCGUUUCUACGGUCUCUCCCUAGAGCUUUGCCGUUGGAGGCGGUUGCUGAGGCACCGUAGGCCCCGCGCGGCAGCAGUAUGGAGGAGUUUAAGUCCGAGGAUUUCUCCGUCUCGAAGGAGGACGAGGACUACGCGCUGUCGGGUGGAGAGCGUCAUGAAGAUGCUGUAAAUGAAUUAGUGAAGGAAGGUGAAAUGGCUGCUGAAGAGGAUUCACAGAAAACCAAAGGGACAAAAAGAAAGGCUGAGAACGUUCUGGCCAGGAAGAGAAAACACAGUGGCCUCUCUCCACAACACGAGGACGAGGAGGAUGCCAGCAGGGAAUCUGGAGGGAGUAUUAGUGAGAAGGAAGAUGCAGCUGCAGAGCGAGAAAAAGGCGCCGAGUCCGAGGGUGCCAGGGAAGAGGAGGAGGAGGAAAUGUUGGCCAGCUCCGUCAGUGACGUAGAACCAAAAUCGGAAGUGCCUCCGUGUACACAAGUUAAAACAGGAGAGGAGAAUAAAGAGAUGGCUUCAAGUAAAGUGGUCAAAGCAGAAGAACAAGAGAAACCUAAAGAACCAGAAGAAGCUAAAGUCACCAAGGUGUUUGAUAUUGCUGGUGAAAAAGUCAGGUUUCUCAGGAGACAGGGAAGGCCUGGUAUGUCCCCGGAACAUGAGCCCCCCAGAUCAGAAGGUGGCCAACAUGCCACUGAGGAAGAGCAGAGGUCAGUUACUAAUACUUCGAGUAAGAAUGAAUCGACUAAGCGAAAGUGGAAACGACGUUCAAACGUGGUCGUGACUGGUGAAGAGAGUAAACUCCGAUGCUGUAAAGAAGAAUAUUGCAUAGGAACCUGGAAUGUUAGAUCUAUGAAUCCAGGUAAAUUGGAUGUGGUGAAGCAGGAGAUGGAAAGAAUAAACAUCGAUAUCUUAGGAAUCAGUGAACUAAAAUGGACGGGAAUGGGCGAAUUGAAUUCAGAUGACCAUUAUAUCUAUUACUGUGGGCAACAGUCUCUUAGAAGAAACGGAGUAGCUAUCAUAGUUAACAAAAGAGUCCGAAAUGCAGUAAUUGGGUGCAAUCUGAAAAAUGACAGAAUGAUUUCAGUUCGUUUCCAGGGCAAACCAUUCAACCUCACAGUAAUCCAAGUCUAUGCCCCAACUCCCUAUGCUCCAGAACCUGAAGUUUACCGGUUCUAUGAAGACCUACAACACCUCUUGGAAAUAACACCGAAAAUAGAUGUCCUUUUCAUCAUAGGGGAUUGGAAUGCAAAAGUAGGAAGUCAGGAGAUACCCAGAAUAACAGGAAAAUUUGGCCUCGGGGUACAGAAUGAAGCAGGGCGAAGGCUAAUAGAGUUUUGUUACCAGAACAGGCUGGUCAUAGCAAACACCCUUUUUCAACAACACAAGAGACGUCUCUACACGUGGACAUCACCAGAUGGUCGAUACCGUGAUCAGAUUGAUUAUAUUAUUUGUCGCCAAAGAUGGAGAAGCUCUGUACAGUCAGCAAAAACAAGACCUGGAGCUGACUGUGGCUCAGAUCAUAAGCUCCUUAUUGCAAAGUUCAGGCUUAAGUUGAAGAUAAUACCAAAAACGACUCGGCCAUUCAGGGGGACUAAUGAAGUGGGUGAGACCUCUCAAGAAGCAAAAUCUGUAUUCAAGCAAACUGAAAAGGGCAAACCUCAGGCUAAUGUCCCUUCAAAUGUGUCAUCAGUUCCUGGUGGAUCAGGGGUUUCUAAGGAAGUGGGUGAAACAUCUCAAGAAGGGAAAUCAGUCUUCAAGCAAAAUGAGAAGGAAGAACCUCAGUCCAAUGUCCCUUCAGCGGUGCCAUCACUUCCUGCUGGGUCAGGGGUGUCUAAGGAAAUGGGUGAAACUUCUCAAGAAGGGAAAUCCGUCUUCAAGCAAAAUGAGAAAGAAGAACCUCAGUGCAGUGUCCCUUCGGCAGUGCCAUCACUUCCUGCUGGGUCAGGGCCUGAAAACUGUGACCUUCAGAAGAACCAGGAUUGCAGCAAUUAAGUAUCUGACUUUAUCCUUAACACCUGAACUGGUUUGUAUGAAAUAUAGUCGUUUUUAUCUGUUUUCAAAAUAGUUUCUGGUCGUUAAUCUGACAUUUUUAAAGGAAAGUUCUCAUUGUGAGUGCAAAGCUAACUGCCCAUGAGAUUGUGUGCAGUGGUAUUUGAUUUAAAGCAAUAUGCACUCUGGCUUCUUGAUUAAAAUAGCUAGGAGGAUCGAUUUACCAGGGAUAGUCACAGAGAAAAAUUACAAAGUAAGGAAAUGGCAACCCACUCCAGUAUUCUUUUCUGGAGAAUCCCAUGGACAGAGGAACCUCACAGGACUGUAGUCCAUGGGGUCCUAAAAGUUGGACACGACUUAGCAACUAAACCACCAUUGCCAAUUACAGAGAAAAAUUACAAAGUAUCACAUAAAGUAAGUAGGUGUUUCCUUUAACUAUUAGGCUAUUAGACCACUUAUCAAAAUAAUAGUGAUAGAUAUACUAAGAUAGGUGGAAAAUUAUAAGAGUUGGAUACAGGCAAAUAUCUUCACAAAUUCUACAAGAUUACUCUCCAGUACUCAAAUAUCAAAUCAUUCUUUUGAGAAAAUUUUUGUGUCUUUUAGUUUAAGAGUCCAUUUUUCAGUUCGGUGAGCUAGGAUUUGAAAAAUAAGCUUUCAGUUUAAGAAAUUUAUUGUAUGAAAUGAUUUUAUACAGAAACAGUCAUCUCUGUUGAAAGAUGUCUCUCAGUAUUCUCCCCUAAAAUUUAUUUAUUUUUUGAUUCAGUGUCAGAAACUGAAUUUGACUUAGUGGACCACUACCCCUAUAUACUAAUUUUGAACAUACUGAUCCAUGACUUAAAUGUUUAUUUUUCCUUUAAAGCCAAGAUACUAAAAGUAGUGCAUUUGGAAAGUUGUCUUUUUUUUUUUUUUAAUCUGUUUCUUGUUUGAUUAUCUUCUGUUUUCAAAAACUUCAAAUAUAAAAUGGAUCAUGAGAGUUUUGAAUGUUUGAUCCAUCAUUUGAAUGAUAAGAAAUGUUUGUUUCCUCUUAGGGUUUAGUUUUAUUUCUAAUCCCCAAUAAACAGUUACUUGAGGCUGCUUCUUUGUAUGCAUGCUUAGUUGUGUCCGGCUCUUUGGGGCCCUGUGGACUCAUGUCCAUGUGAUUUUCCAGGCAAGAGUACUGGAGUGAGUUGCCAUUUCCUCCUCCAGCGAAUCUUCCAGUUAAUUAGAAUCGAUACCAACUCUUGCAUAACAGGUGAAUUCCUUUAUUGCUGAGCCUGGAGUAGCCAUGUGGGGGUGGUUGUUCAGAUCAAAAAAAUACUGGCAUUUAUUUUGAAUAUUUUUUCACGUAUAGCUUCUGGGAGUUUUGCCAACUACUGACUUUAUUCUAGAAGGAUAUGCAACCACCUCUCCCCAGCUGUAUAUCCACUUUUCCUUUUUUUAUGACUUGGAAGGAAGCAACCCUAACCAUUAAAAAGCUGAUUUUUAGAUUAAGAUGGAAGUUUCAGGGUAAAUGUCUUUCAUGUUAACUUCAUCCAUAUACAAAUGAGUGAUGAAUCUUCCACGAUAAAAAUGUCUAAUUAUGCUAUUAUUGUUUUUUAACAGGAAAACAGUACUUAGGAAAUAAAGUAGGGAGAAAAGUUUCAUGUAAAUAGUUAUCUUUAAGCCUUUAUGUUUCCUAAGUUUUUAAAUUGUAUGUUUCUUUUGAUUCCAAAAGCUCCUCUGGUUUGAAUGAAGUUCUUAUUACAGCUGCAGUGCAUACCCAGCCUUUCCUAGGAGACCAUUUCCCGGGAUGUGAAGUCCUGGUGCCAUUAGCUGUCCACAUGCAGAAGGUUCUGUGCACCUGCGUUUCUUUUUUCUGUAGUCUGUUUGGCUGGUUGUCACUUAACUUUUCAGUUAGUUUAUUUCACUAAAUGAUAUAGUCAAAAUGAUAAAAUGUUUGUACCGUGGGAAAUUAUUUCAAUUUUAUUUUUCUACUGACGUUUCUAAUUCUGGUAUAAAUGUUUACCAAUAAAGAAUUACUUUCAAUUCUG